AUGUAGUUAACUAAGAAUUUCAUGAUAUACAUAAGGCAUGAAAAAUUUAGUAGAUUUCAUCACAUUAAUUGGAAGUAGGAAGAUAGAGUUUAUGAUUCUUGUUUAGGUGGAGAUCUUAUAGAAAAGUAGUAUAAAAUCCUGUUUGGAUAUAAUCACUAAAGAAAAUAUUAUGCAGAAGUAAUACUUUAUUUUUUUAAUAUAAGGAAAGACUUACAUAUUUCAAUAAAGAUGAUACUCAUAAACUGCAAUUAUUAAAUUCAUUUGUCUCCAAAGAACCUUAUGAAAAUCAUUUUUGGAUUGUUUUUGAGAUUUUAGAUGUGAAUCCCUUGGAUUUAAUAAAAUGA